UUUGUUCUUUGUCCACGCAGUAUCUGUGAAGAAUGACGAAGGCCAUGCUCCUCCUGUGCUUGCUGGUGGCCAUGCUUCACCUCAGUGCCCACAGUCUGACCCAGACUGAUCACCACACUGACCAGCCUGAGGCAACUGACCCCCAGGAGCUGUAUUCUCUUGAUGCAGAUCCUCUUGAGUCCUGCCAAAGGAUAAUCCCAAGCAACACAGACUUUGCCUUCCGGUUUUACAGGCAAGCAACCACUCAAGAGCCUGACAAGAACAUUUUCUUUUCCCCAGUCAGCAUCUCUGCUGCCCUUGCCCUUGUGGCCCUGGGCUCCCGAGGCAGCAGCCAGGCUCAGCUGCUGGAGGGACUGGCCUUUAACCUCACCAGCAUGCAGAAGGAGGAGAUCCACCAUGGCUUUGGUCAGCUCCUCCGCCUGCUGAGCCGCCCCGGCAGCCAGGUGCAGCUGAGCAUGGGCAGCACCCUGUUCAUGGACAAACACCUGAAGCCAGUGAAAACCUUUCUGAGGGACAUCAAAACACACUACAGAGGAAAGGCUGUCUCCAGCAGCUUCCAGAAUUCCACUCAAGCUAAAAAAGAGAUCAAUGAUUAUGUAAAGAAUAAAACCCAUGGGAAUAUAAACCAAAUACUUGAGGACCUUGAUCCAAACACUCUGAUGGUAAUUGUUAACUACAUUUAUUUCAAAGCUUACUGGGAAAAUCCCUUCAAUAUUAAGAGGACUCACAAGAACUUUUUCUCUGUGAAUGAUACGACCUCAGUUAAAGUGGCUAUGAUGGCUCGAGAUGGAUUUUAUAAAGCAUACUCUGACAGGAAGCUGUCCUGCAAGGUGGUGCAGAUUCCUUACAAGGGAGAUGUUACAGCAUUAUUUAUCCUGCCCAAUGAAGGAAAAUUGAAACAGUUGGAACAUGCCCUGACAAAAAACACUGUUUCUAACUGGGAAAGAUCUCUUAAACGACGGAGGAUGGAACUGCAUAUUCCAAAACUUUCCAUUUCAGGCACUUAUGACUUAAAGAGGAUCUUAAUGAAUCUGGGUGUAACUGAUGUGUUUUCAAAUCGGGCUGAUCUGUCUGGAAUCACAGGAAACCCAGAUGUGAAGGUUUCAGAAGCUACUCACAAGGCCCUGCUGAAGAUCCGUGAGAAUGGCACAGAGGCUGCAGCAGCCAGCAGCAUAGAUUCUCUUCCUUAUUCUUAUCCUCCCAUUGUCAUGUUCAAUCGUCCAUUCUUGCUGUUGAUUGUUGAUCACUAUACUCAGAGCAUCCUCUUCAUGGGAAAAAUUGUAAACCCAUCUGAAAAAUGACAGGUCACUGGCUGAUAUUAUUGUUUUGAAUUGCAUUUUAUGAAAUUAUUGCCCAUUGUGUGAUUAAAAUUAUAUCCCAA